UAAUACUCUUGCAGCUCACUGUAAUUAUUUAGGGAGGCUAAUUUCGACAUUUUUCCGGAAUAAAAAAAUAACCCACCCUGUGCACUUCAGCACGUGACGUCAUGACAGAGUUCAGUCACCAACAUAUAUGUUCAAGAGAUGCUGGGAAAUCCCUCAUUCAAAACAAAGACGAUGUAAACAGCAGUGCUCGAAAGUUAUGCAGUUAAAAAUACACCCAUUCUGAACUAAAUAGCAUAGUUGUACUGCAACUUAAAUUUUAUGUAAAAAUCGGCAGAUUAUAUUCAAAAGAAGAUUGAGAUAAAGCUUAAUUUUCCGGAUUUUUGAAAAGUUCUUGAACUUGAUCCCACGGCUUUGAUUUUUUUUUUUUUUUACGUACUUUUCUCUCCGCCUUCCAAACGUCACUUCAGCAUCACCAGGCUAUAUAUGAACAUUAAAAUAGAAAAUGAUUUUAGUUGUAUCCGUGACGGUUGGAUUAGUUAGUUUAGUAUUUUGUGCGCUUUUUCUGCUUUGUUGAUAGUUUGGCUCUGUGGAUUCCCACAUAUCCCGACAGCACGUGAACGCCGCAGCAGGGAGCUCAUCUGUUGGACAGGGAAACUAAUCAGGAGCCAAGUAAAGACUUUUCAACACUGCGAGCUAAUAGGUUAGCACGGCUCCUAAGUCAGCCGUCACUACGAAAACGGGGUAGGGACUUUGUUUGUGACCGACAACAUCUCCUCUAGGCAGGAAACAACUUUGGAGCCAUGUUAUAGUGGGGGCAGAAAACACUUGUAUCGCUGCGCUUAAACUAUAAAAGCGAGCUGCCUCCGGUCAGCAAGCUUGUGGCUAGCUCCAUAACGUUAGCUGGGAAAGAAGUGGAGGCUUAAAAAAAACAACAAAAAAAAAAAACAAUAAACAUGGAGCUGGACGACGUAGUCCUCUACCAGGACGACUCGGGCGACUCGGACGUGAUGUCCGAGCGGGUCGCCGGUCUGGCCAGCUCCAUAUACCGAGAGUUCGAGCGGCUCAUCGAGAAGUACGACGAGGACGUGGUGAAGGACCUGAUGCCGCUGGUCGUCGGGCUGCUGGAGAACCUGGACUCGGUGUUCGCCGCCAACAAGGAGCACGUCGUGGAGCUGGAGCUGCUGAAGGAGGACAACGAGCAACUUGUCACUCAGUACGAGCGGGAGAAAGCGCUGAGAAAACACGCAGAGGAGAGAUACAUCGUCUUAGAAGACUCCCAAGAUGGGGAGAAAAAGGACCUCCAGAGUCGACUGGUAACUUCGGAGUCCCACGCGCGGCAGCUGGAGCUAAAGACAAAGAACUAUGCAGAUCAGAUAAGCAGAUUUGAAGAGAGAGAAGCGGAGCUGAAGAGGGAGUACAAUGCUCUUCAUCAAAGACACACUGAGAUGAUCCACAGCUACAUGGAGCACCUGGAGCGAGCUAAACACCAGCACYCGACGACACCGGCAGAGCCGUCAGAUACAGGAUCGUCAGCUAAGAGACGGUUAGACCUACUAACUUUCCUUUUACAUGAACUGAACUCGCCUCUGGCGUCUGCAGGAAACGACAUGAUCGGCGACGUGGACGAGGGAGCCGACCUGCUGGAUGAGUUCUCUGUCUGCAACCUUUUAGGUAUGGGUCGGGAGGUCGAACAUCUAAUCCAUGAGAACACCCAGCUGCUGGAGACCAAAAACGCUCUGAAUGUGGUGAAAAACGACCUCAUUGCUCAACUGGACGACCUGUCCUGUGAGAAGGAGGUUCUGCGAGGCGAGCUUGAGGCCGUCACUCAGGCUAAGACCAAACUGGAGGAUAAAAACAAGGAGUUAGAAGAGGAGCUGAGGAAAGUUAAAGCCGAGCUGGAUGAGGCCAAACAGAAGGUCAAGAAUGAAAACCAGGACGACAGCGAYGUGCCCACAGCCCAGAGGAAACGUUUCACCAGAGUGGAGAUGGCCAGAGUCCUGAUGGAGAGGAACCAGUAUAAAGAGAGGCUGAUGGAGCUGCAGGAAGCCGUCAGAUGGACAGAGAUGAUCCGUGCUUCGAAGGAGAACCCCGCUCUUCCAGAGAAGAAGAAAUCCAGCCUCUGGCAGUUUUUCAGCCGUUUGUUUAGCUCGUCGGGCGGAGCGGGGAAGAAGCCGGCGGGGGAGGCGCCGGUCAACGUCAAGUACAACGCGCCCACCUCRCAGGUKCAGCCGUCCGUCAAGAAGAAGAGCAGCACCCUGCAGCAGCUGCCCAGCGACAAGAGCAAAGCGUUUGAUUUCCUCAAUGAGGAUCCGCCACCUGAGAGUUCAGUGUCACGGCGAGAGCAGAAGAGAGCUCAGUACAAACAGGUCAAAGCUCACGUCCAGAAGGAGGACGGCAGAGUGCAGGCCUACGGCUGGAGCCUGCCCAAGAAAUACAAAGCUAAUGGAGGUCAGGCAGACGGCAAGAUGAAGAAUCUGCCUGUUCCCGUCUUCCUCAGGCCGCUGGAUGAGAAAGAUCCCACUAUGAAGCUGUGGUGUGCUGCAGGCGUCAACCUGUCUGGAGGGAAAACCAGAGACGGAGGCUCAAUCGUGGGAGCCAGCGUGUUCUACAGCGACGUGUCCGGUGCAGAAAGUCCCAGAAGGAAGAGAGGCUCGCAGAGCAGCGUCGACGAACUGGAUCAGGAACUAAAGGAGCAGCAGAAAGAAUUGCGGCACCAGGACGAGUUUUCCUCUCUGGUAUGGAUUUCCACCAGCACCCAGUCCAAUUCAAACGUCGUCGUCAUCGAUGCCAACCAGCCCGGGAACAUCCUGGAGAGCUUCUUUGUCUGUAACUCGCACGUCUUCUGCAUCUCUAGCGUACCCGGUGCGAGAGAGACCGACUAUCCGGCCGGAGAGGAAGUGUCCUCAAGCACUGACGCAGGCCCGGCGGGAGACGACGGCUUGUCGACGGCCAAUAGCGGAUCAGAAGGCGGCGACAGCAUCCUGGGAGGCAUCACGGUGGUGGGCUGCGACGGCGAGGGAGCGAUCGCCKUUCCUCAGACAGCAGACAGUUCAGAUUCCAGAGCAGCAGAAGAGGCCAUGGACGCCGUGGAGACCAGCGCAGAGCCUGUCGACCACAGCGAGAGCCUGAGGGGCAUCUACGCAGAACACGUCUUCACAGAUCCACUGGGGGCGCAGCAGACCAGGGAGACGCCAGCUAACUAUUCUCAGAGAGAGAGCGACCUUCUGAAAGACGGAGUGAGUUCAAACCCCAACGCAGAGGAGCAGGACCUGAUGAUAGAAGAAGCUCAGAAAAUGAGCAGCGUUCUGCCCACCAUGUGGCUGGGGGCUCAAAAUGGAUGCGUGUACGUCCACUCGUCUGUUGCUCACUGGAAGAAGUGUCUCCACUCUAUAAAGCUGAAGAAGCCUGUGAUCGGCAUAGUACACGUGAAGGGACGGGUCCUGGUUAGCAUGUCUGAUAGCACGUUAGCCAUUUUCCACAGAGGAACUGACGGGCAGUGGGACCUGACCAACUACCAUCUGCUGGACCUGGGGAAGCAGCACCACUCCAUCCGCUGCAUGACCGUGGUGCACGACCGGGUGUGGUGCGGCUACAGGAACAAGAUCCAUGUGGUGCAUCCCAGAGCCAUGAAGGUUGAGAAAACCUUCGACGCCCACCCUCGUAAGGACAGCCAGGUCCGUCAGCUGGCCUGGCACGGGGAUGGGAUCUGGGUGUCCAUCAAGCUGGACUCCACCCUCAGGCUGUUCCACGCACACACACACCAGCACCUCCAGGACAUCGACAUUGAGCCCUACGUCAGCAAGAUGCUCGGUACGGGCAAGUUGGGCUUCUCGUUUGUGAGGAUCACAGCUCUGAUGGUUUCAUGUAGCCGCUUGUGGAUUGGGACUGGAAAUGGAGUCAUCAUCUCUGUUCCCGUUACGGAAACCAACAAUGUAGCCAAGUCAGCAGGUAACAAUCCCGGAGGCGUGGUUCGCGUCUACGGAGAUGACAGCGGGGACAAGGUGACGGCCGGGACCAUCGUUCCCUACUGCUCCAUGGCUCACGCUCAACUCAGUUUCCAUGGUCACAGGAACGCGGUCCAGUUCUUCGCCGCAGUUCCAGGUCACGCAGAUCUGUCGGCCUCCAGCGGAGGAGAGUCGGCGGGAGACAAGUCCGCCGACGGCUCCGCUCAGGAAAGCAGCAGGUCCAUGUUGGUGAUGAGUGGAGGAGAAGGCUACAUCGACUUCAGGAUGGGCGACGAGGACGGGGAGGCAGACGAGCUAGACGACCCCGCCUUAAAACUGCAGCCCUUCCUCACUAAAGCCGAGCGCAGCCACCUCAUCGUCUGGCAGGUCAUGGUCGGUGAAGACUGAACUCGGCAUCGCUGAAACUCUGAUUUGCCCCCCUUUUUUUAUUUUAAGGCCACAGAAACAGAGGAGAAAGCACAAGAUUAAUCAGCACUUUUUUUUUUUUUCUUUUGCUCCCUCGGUCUCGAACAAUGGAAGCAAAACAAGCAAAAACUGCUCUGCGAGCAUUUUUCUCUUAACCUUGAACGCAUGAAACUGCUUUGUCCUAUUUUUUUGUUUUUUAUGUCAUGAAUUUCUAGCAUUAUAUAUUAUUGCCUCGCGGAUUAAAAUUUUAUCUGAGGUAAGGUGAAUGUUUGCCGGCUUUCCGCUUGAAUCGCCUCUCCUUUGCUCACUCGGGACGCCGCUGAUGUUCCGUCAGCUGAUCAGAGGGAGAAAAACAACUUCCUGUUUGUCCUCUGAAGAAUGUAAGACGUAGCGACGUGGGAGUCAAUCAUGGCGGGAUUGUUUUUCUCUAUCAAAUUUCGGUUCUGUUCUUUUUUUUUUACGCGGGGAACUUCUUUGAAAGCCAAUAGCCGACUCAUAUUUCAAUUGUGUUUGGAUCCAAUACUUGUAUUCAUCCAAUGUGCAAAGGCUUAAUGGGAAUGUUUUUUAUCAUGCAUUUCAAAUGGUUUGUGCCUCAAAUAUCAGCACAGGUCCCUAUUCAUUUAACAAAAAAAAACCCUCACACUUAAAAGUGUUUAUGAAGCACAAAAAGCUGCUUUCAGUUGCUUUUCUUUUGCCCACAGUACAGAUGUGGGUUGUUGCUAUGUGGAUUUAAUAAAAUAACACGGUAUUAUUACAAGUGGGAGCAGGUGAGUCACUAUCAGAUACUGUCUGGGAAUAUUAUACAUCUGGAUCCAAACAGAUUUUCUCCUAAAAGAACCAACAUAUUUUAACUUGUUUAUUUUCUAUUAGUUUCCAGAUCCUAGCGAUCCUAGUAGUAAACAUACACGUAUUUUAUCAUAAAGUUUAGCUGUUUAAUAGGAAGCACGUUAGGAGAUUUUGUCAGAUGUGUUUAGUCCCUGAAAAUAACGAUAAACUUUCCCUAAAGUGCCUCCGCCAGGCCAAAGAUUUAAAUUUCACUGUAGAUCUCAAUAAGUGACUUUUUUUUUUUGUUGUUGAUAAAAGUACAAAAAACUUGAACAUAAAUUUGAGCUUGGGCACCAUUUUUCUGCCUAGGACUGUCAAGUUGGUUGUCGGCUUCAGUCAUACCAUUAGCAUCGACACUGGACAGUAUUUAUCCCAGCUAUUUAUAUUCUCCAGGCUUUCUGCUGAUGAGGAUUGGCUGCUCUACUGAAGUUGGGAAGACAUGCAAUAACACUAAAGCUAAUGAGGUGUCAUCGUUUGCAGAUGACAUACUGACUUAUUAGACAUCAUGUUCUCUGGUCUAAUCACAAACCCAUGCUGUUGUCUCCAAUCUUACUGAAUACCCCAGCUGUACCGCCAUGACAACGUGCGAUGCUUUUCCUUUAUUUCGUAGAGCAGACUUGUGUUGAACGUGUCGCGUCACUUUGUCUGUUUUCUGCUCCCACUUUAAGAGUUGCCUUAGACAUCAGAGUUCAAACAGUCUGUGAUAAAGUUCCUCUAUUUUUCUCUAAAGAAUUUUGUUCGCUACCAAAGGUUGAAGACUGCUAGCCAGCUAUGACGUCACGCAGUAAUAAAGUCUCACCUAGCUUUCACGGCAGCAUGUUUGGAACAGGAAGCCAGGUUUUUUUUUGUUUUUUUUGUUUUUUCUAACAGAAAUCAAAGUGUGUGGAUAUAUACAGAUAGAGAUAUAUAUAUAUAUUUUUAAAAUUUUCCUAUUUGUAAAUGGAAAUAUUUUCGAGGCAUGAACGUGCGAGAGAGAGAGCUGCUACGGUCGGAUGGUGAAGAAAAGAGUCCAUAUGCACCUCCCCUGGACGCUCGUUCUGUUCCCAGAUGAGAAACCGAACUCUAACCUGUUUGGUUUUGCAGCGCUGAUCUGCUUCCUUUCAACCAAACCUGUUUAUUAAUUCAAAUGUCUUAUUUUUUAUCAGAUUUUUUUGCCCCUCUUUGAGUGUGGCUAAAAGGUUUUAUUUGGUGAAUUUCAGCCUCCUUCUGUCCUCUGUGAACACUGCACUCAUGCUUUUUGAUUUUUGCUUUCUUUUGUUGUUGUGUAUUUCUUUAUGCAACCAUGUGUAUUUGCGUCUUCUCUCCACGAGAGAAGAUUUAUAUAUAUAUCUAUACAAAAAUAUUUCAGUUUCGCCAUUUCAGUAUUUAUUUUUGAUGGAUGAACCUUUGCAAUUGAGAAUGUAUCUUUGUACAUUGAAUAUAUAUAUGAUUAUAUAUGUAUGAAACUUAAAGAUGGUUUGGAUUUUAUUGAGUUGUAACCUGAGGAUUUCCUCAGCUAUGCACCACGUCUCUGAGGAGAAACAUGGAGGAAAUUAGGGGUUGAAAACUGCACACACCUGCUCCUUCAUUUAGCAAUCAGUAGUCCUAUAAAUUUGAACUUCUACUCAGCGACGGGGCAGCCGACUCCCUUCGCAGACUCUUUCCAUAUAUUUGUCACCACUGUAGUCUGCUUUUAGGUAACUGACGGGAGCUCAGGUUUUUUUGGGGUUUUUCUUUCUUCCCAAAUCUGCAGUAAAUGCAUCAUCUUAAAACCCUGCAGCAUCUCUAGCGUUACCUAUUUUUAACAAUUAAUUAAAGCAACUUUUGUGGGCAACAUC